GCGUCUGGCAACAGCUUCUUUGUUUUGUUUAUUUUUCUAAGCACACCGCCGUAAAAUGUGUGCCUGCCGCCGGCUGUGCGCGGAAUGAGUUUCGCCCUGUGUAGCUAACGCGCGAUGAAUGACAGUAAACUAGUCUAAUUGUCAAUACUCCCAGGACACACAUACGUAGGAAAAGAUGGCGAUGUUGAAACGCUCGCACAACACCUGCCUCGUCAAAGGUCUCUUCGCUUCCUUGGCGGUGACGUGCCUUGUUGGCCUCUACUAUGGCUACCGGCUCAUGGUUUCCAAUGAGGCCAAGUUCUCGUUUGGCCGGUCUGCGGGUGGUGAACCUCUGGUCGAGUCCGACGAAGGUGGCCUGGGCGGAUCCUCUGCUCCUGUGCACGUAGUGCUGGUAACAUCCAAUGCUGGUCUCGGAGGCGCUGUAGCAGCUAUGGUGAGCACAGUGCGUCACACCCGCCGGCCAACUUCCUCGCUGCACUUCCACGUGGUGACGGACAACGCCACCCAGUUUCAUCUACAUGCCUGGAUGCACCAGGCACAGCUCGCGCAGUUCCAGUACGAGGUGCUCACGUUCCCACAGACACCACUCAUCGCUCCCGAGCUUGCCAGCAUCCUGCAACUGCCGCACGCCAAGCUCUACCUUAGCCGGCUGCUGCCUUCACUGAGAGGUCCAGUCAUAGUGCUGGAUGAUGAUGUCAUCGUGCAAGGUGACAUAUCCGAGCUGGCCACCCUGCCCAUUCCUGAUGGCAGCGUAGGACUCUUCUCAAAAGACUGUGAUAGCGUGUCCAGGAGAUACAACACGGCAGGGAGCCGUUACCACCAGCUUCUAGACCUGAGCCGGCCAUCACUACGUAACUUGGGUCUGGGGCCCAACGAGUGUGCGUUGAACCUGGGUGUGUUUCUGGUGCGGAUGGUCGACUGGGUGCGGCACAAUGUCACCGAGACGGCCGAGAACUGGAUCAGAGCAAAUCUCAGAGAGAAAAUCUUCAAGCGGGAGGGACCUCUGGGGCCCCUGCUACUGGCACUUCACAACAAGACCAGUGCCCUGGACCCCCAGUGGCACAUCCGCAAUCUAGGGGUAACACCAGGGAGCCAGUACUCACGCCUCUUUGUGACCAGUGCCAAGCUGUUGCAGUGGUCAGGUCGCUUUAAGCCCUGGAACGCCAGGUCACCAUACUCCGACAUCUGGCACCGGUACUUUGUACCAGAUCCCACAGGCCGCUUCCGGCCAGCCUCUCGAGUCGGGGCGGCCUCACCUGCAUCCAGCCAGCGUUCCCCCAGGCCAUCGGCUGCUCAGCCAGAUCCUCGGCUCAACCUGAUCUGAAAAACAGGAUGGCAACCCGGGCCAGUUUGCUAACACUGGUUGUGUUGAGUGAAAAACUGCACAGCAGGUGACAGAGAGAAGAUGUAAGGAAGGAUCAGGACAAGCACUGCAGGAUUACCAUAAGUUAAGACACUGAGCUUACAUGCAUGGUCCUAGGUGUGGAAAUGGCACAAUGAAAAGGCAAUGGACCAGAAACAAAAGAAAUGAACAAGACAGGUGCUUGCUUCCAACUGAACGUGUAUGUUAGGGAAAGUGAGAGCAAGUUUUGUAUUCUCUGGUUCUCUUUUCCCUGGCCACAAAUUUUGUCGUGAGGCAACACCUAGCCCUGUUCAUUUCUUCGGUCUGCCAUCAUACCUUCCUCGGGGACAUUUUUUACACUUGUUCUCCUAGUUCUGGCAGUCGUGAGCAUGCCAGCCUUACUUCUAACUCGGGUGAAUGAAUCUCAGCUGUGAUUGUCUUGAGCUUGAAGGUAAACUUUCACAACAGCUUGAUCUAAGCCGAAGCUUAUUAGUCUUUCCACUUGGAACUUUUGAACUUGUCAUGGGCCAAACAUCUUGCAAAGGCCUCCAAGAGACUGCUGCUUUACACAGUGCAACCAACGCCAAUAAAAACAGUGACCGGUAAGAAGCACAUAGACCUGAAGAUUAUGCUUUGCAGGGCCAUGAUUAUUUAUUUCAAUCUUCACUUUUCAACAUUUUAUCUAGGUUGAACUACUACCAUCAUUUUCACAACUGGUAAUAGUUGUGCACACCAUUAGAGCAAACUGUUGUUAUCUGUUGAAAGUCUGUGAGCAUAAAACACCUGCAAGGCUCGUUAAUGAUACAAGACAGUAAUCACAGGAGUCAACCAUUAAAACGAUGUUUUAAGCUCAGCCUAGAAGGCACUGAGUACAUCACUGUGGAUCCAGUGCCAUUGUUUCGUGCAUCAUUCACAACGGUGGCUCGCUUUUGCAUCCUGCGGUCCUUCUCUGUCUUAGCACUUGAGGUUCACUCAAAGCCGUACUUUCGUGACCAUGGAGAGCAACAUCGCUGGGCUUAGCCAAACAUUGUACUGACCUUUCGGUAUCUGCAUAGCCUCGAAGGUUGGUCUGAUCUAAGAGGGCCUGCAGCAUUUUCACAGCAGUGUCAUUCUGUACCACCAGGUGGUGCCACUGCCACACAAGCGAUGAGAUUUGUCAACUCUUGCUUCUCAAUUAGUCAUAAAUGUGCAGAAGAAAAGCAUUUGCAAAAUGUAUGUGUGAAAUGAGCACACGCACGCAGAAUGAAGAGUCACAUUGCGAUGAAACAUAGCAAAAAUUGCAAUGGUUACGAGAUGUACUGGUAAACUAUUAUAAAGUCCUGGAUACAUUGGGGAAGCCGCAAGCAAUGAUUACUUUUACUACAGUCAGCGACCAAUAAUUCAGACUCGGUAGAGGUCAGAAUAAUCAGGAGUUCGAAAUAACAGAUUCACCAAAAAACAACUGACAAUCCAAAAGUUACCAAAAAGGGUAUGCCAUAUUUUUGUACCAUGACUUUCGGAAAUGCUUGCACUUUUGCAUGACUUGCAUUGGAUGCAUUGGCAUCAUCAAGCAACGGCAUUCUUGAUACAGUGCCCAAGAACACCGUCGUUCGUCGACACGUCUGAAGCUGGUCACGCAAAAUGUUGGAAAAGUGAAAGUAUCUUCGAAAUAAUUGUCUCAGAACAAAGCCCAGGUUUGACAAUGCAUUGCUGCGUUAAAAUGAGCUCACGUAUGCUUGCCAGCAACCUGGUUCAUUUGUAUCUCGACCAUUGUUAUACUGUCAGUACAGAUAGACAAAAGACAGUCAAUGCAUGCACUGAAUCUCCAUCCCCUGGCGGCAAUACAGAAGUCAACCGUGCUGUCAUAGGUAAAUUAUCGCAGGUUUUUUUCACAACAGUCAUUCUCUAGCCCUUGUCAGUACAGACAUUGAGAAUAGAGUUGGCACUGCUUGAAACAGCUUGAAGAAGUCACCGGAACCGUGUAGCUAUUUAAAAUGCGAGUGAACAAACGCUGGGUGCACGCAGCUACCACCAGCAGAACUUGCACGACCAUUAAGCUUGCCAAGCUUGGCUUGUCUUGUUCUGUGAUUUGGCUUGUCCUGCGAAGCCUAGUUGGUGCUGGACCAACUAUGCUUUGCUAGUUUCAGUAUCAGGGAGACGCCAACAACAUGGCCAACAACCAUGCCACGGCAAUGCCGGCGACACAUCAAAGCCAGAAUAUCGCUAUUUCAAUUUAGCAUGCAGCCAUACAGGCGGUGUUCAGAAUAAUAAAUGGCAUGCCAUUAAGGUGUCCAAAAUUUCUGUUGUUCUUAUACAUUAAGUCUAUGGGGCCAGUUGUGGUGCCUCAAGGCAGUUCGAAUUGUCAAGCACGUCUUCAGUUUUUGGUGUCUGAAUUUUUAGUUGAUGACUGCAAAUGAUACCUACUGGAACCACCGGAAGUUGUUUUGUUUUGCGUGGUUGUCAAUCUAACAUGUGUUUUUGCAUUUUUAAGUCAUCGGUGUCAGUGAAACCACACUGUUGCUUAGUAAAAAACAGAUUUAAUGUCACCUCCAAUAGGUCAUGACCAGAUUGCACUUCCCUCCCUUCCCCCCUCCUUCAGCAAUAGUGCAGGGGGAAAUGCAGUCAAACCUCAUUAUAAGAAAGUCACACCUAACACAGAAGUAGCUUCGUUAUAUCCAAUAUUUGUUAUAAGCAUAUGUACAUUACACAGUAAUGGUGGUAUGACAAUUCUUGUUUACUGCAUUAUAUUCCUGUUCAUUCAAGGUUUGACUGUGGCAUCCAAAGGAUGAGAAAGUUUAGCAUCAGCUCUGAGCUGCCUCAUGGCUUUCUCAUCGCGGAAAAAAAACAAGUAGGGAAGCCAUGUGCAAGUGUUCUGUUUUUAUUAGGCACUGUGCAAUUUCUUAACAGCACAAUAAAUCUCUUCAUGUGUAACGGUCUUGCACGACCUGUGAAGUGGCAGUGUUCUACUGUUGCUACAGCAUGAUGCAUCGUAAUCUUGGAGACCAUGCUUUUGGCAUACUGCAAUGUUCUCACUUGCCUUUAUAGAAGUGGAACAUGCUGUUCACAAGCUGAAAUGCAUUAGGAUAGCUGAGUUGGUUAUGCUUUGAAUUUAAAGCGUCACUGACGUCAGUAGUUGAGAACAGACUUCAAAACACCCAAUGAAAUUGGCUUAUUAGGAUGACGGUAGGAGACGACGGGCUCCAAGAACUGUUGGUGCCACAGCAUCUGGCGAAUUUUGUAUGGUACUACCCCUCCAGGAUAAGCAAAUAUGCAUGGAGUGCGUCGAGUCAAAUGCCAGCACAACCUAUUUCGUUUGCCAGCUCUGCCUUCCUAUUAUAGUCUGACAUUUAUUCAUGCUGACCUGCAAUUUCAUACAGAAGGAUUUGUUACUGGUUCUGGCCACAUGCUCUGUUGUCUGUGUGCCUCUGCUUUAAAUAUUAGUCCACUAUGGGCUGCUUUAGACAUGCUGCUUUAGUACAAGAUUUUUCUUUUCUAAAUAAGAUCGUGCUUCUGAUUUUGUUAAGCAGCAUCCAAAAGGCACAGCAGUUCAGUUGUACCAUAGUGAGCAAAUGUUUGGAAACCACAGGAGCUGAAAUAUUUUUUUAUUUUUCUGACGUGACCGUGCAGCCUGCAAUUCUAUUUUUUAUCGCAGAGGUAAAAGAAAAAUGGGAGGCCUGAAAUUCCAACAUCUGUGGAAGACAGGCACACACAUGCAGUGUGCCACUCCAUUUCAAGCUGUGAGUGUGGGAUAGUAAUUGAAUUUCUUUCAUGGCAUCCAUGGUGUCAGAAGGUAUGCGUGUCAGUACUCACGCCUCUUUGUAACCAGUGCCAAGCUGUUGCAGUGGUCAGGUCGCAAAGGCUGGUAGGUGAAUUUCCACCUACCAGCCUUUGUGUCAUUGGCAGAGGGUUUAAAAAGAGAGAGAGAGAGAAAAAUUUAUUUACAGAAAGGCAGAGAGGUCAGGCAGAGUGCUUAGUCACGUACGUAUUGUCACAGGACAUGUAUGGCUUAAGUAUUAACAGCCAUUGAAAUCUUCUUUUUGAGAGAAGCUGAAAUGGAGUGUAGGAAGUGCACGGGGUGCUUCGAGUCAAAUGCUGGCACAACCUAUUUCGUUUGCCUGAUCAAGCAUCCUAGAAAAUUUCUUUGUUGCGUGCUUAAAUAUUUCAUUAUGGUUAGGGGUGAAGGUCAGCAUACUCUAUACUUCUCAAUGCAUUUAGUAGUAUCAAGUGAGCAUAUUGGCCCUUGCAUGUAGCAUUGACUUAUCAGUGUCCUACUGGAUCAUUUUGGCAAGUCCUUCAGUGUAUUGUGCAGUCUGAAAUGUAUGGCACUUCUAUUGAAGACCAUGACAGAGGCAUGUGCAGAACCUUGUCAUGGCUUAUUGCUGUCAUUGUAGGAGUGUUUGCAGAGCGUAGGGAGUGGGAUGGUCUACUUAUGAGAUUAUUAGUUUAUUUUUUUUCGAAUGGGCAUGAGCAUAUUUUUGUACUGUACACAGCGUGCCUCCUCACAUCUCUGCCUGCUGUAUGUGCACAAUGAAUCAAGGCAGAAAAAUUGCAGUUUGUUGUUUAUGAGCAGACGACACUUGACAACCGUCGUAACCUUGUUCGUCUUGUGAAUUUUUAUUUUGCCUUUCCCGAUGCAUUGUCCCAGUUUCUCAGGUUAGGCAGUGCCACUUAUUCUGUUGGGGAUCUUUGUUUUGCCUACCUUACGUGCCUAAGGUACCAUGCUGUCACCUGUGUUAGAUCUCCACUUUAAUGCUUCAGUGUUGAUGCAAGGCAGAUAAGAAUGGCCUAUACUAUGUGGUCAGAGCAUAGGCCGCUGCGAUCAUAGUGGUCUAUACUUCUAUACCCUGGAAGCAUUUCCCUUACCUUUAGUCUGAGGUAUCUGAAGAUAUGUCGUCUGCCUCUUUUGUACCUCAUCUCACUGUAUAGUCAGUUCUGUUAUCAAUAGGUGUGCACUUCUCAAUUUUUUGAAAACUCUAUCACAACUGAAGCAUUUAGUGAAAAGAUGGUUGCAAGGCAUGCUAAUGAUGCAUACUGUUUAUCCCACAUGAAUGACAAAUAGCAUAAGUGAGAAAGAUUUUAGCUUUUUUUUUAUGGCUGAAUGCCAUUAUCUGUGUGUCUGAAUGUGCGCAACGUACGUGUUAGGCCUAGUUAAGACAUCGAAACAACAGCUUACGAAAGCAAGAGAAGGCAAACGACAAGUGUGGCACUUGCCUUUGUUUUUUCCAUCUGUCCUGUCUUGUAGUGCUAAUACUUCCCUCUAGGAUGAUUGCAAGGCAUGCAGUAAAUGUUGUUCUAGCACCUGCCAUUGUGAGCCAGUUGGCCAUGGCAUUCUGCAGCUAAGCACAUGAGAAGGUGGACUUCAUUCCAAUCAAAGGCGACUGCACUAACAUAAAAAAUGCUUGUGUAGCACAUUUUGGGCACUUAUUAAGGAACCCCUUGCUAUGAAAACUAAUUCAAAGCCCUCCGGUGCGGCAUCUUUCGUGGCCUCGUGCUGCUUUGCUGUGCUAAUCCCCAUCUAUCGAUCAACGUUGUUUCAGCACAGGCUAAAUCUGAACAUUUAUGAACUGCGCCCAUUUGGAGCAGGAUAUUGUUCCUUCUCUGUGUUCAAUCUCUGGCUGUUUCUCCGUUUACUUGUUUGCAAGGGUGCGUGCAACAAAUGAUGUUUGGUUGUAUUGUUUCCUAGAUAUAGAGCAGCGUUUAAUGCAGCAUAAUAUACCUUGCGAUGACUUUUGUGAUCAGUGUGCACUGUUUUUGCUUGUUAAUGCCACUGGUUAUUGUUUCCUAUUCUACCUCUGUUGCUGGAUCUCAGUCUCAAGCCACUUGGUCCCUUUGCCUUGUAUAUUAAGUAUUACCUCUGCACCGCGUCUUUUUUUAUCAGCUGUGAUAUAAAUGCAGCCUUAUGCUCUUACUGUUUUGGAAAGUGGCUCUACAAGGUUGAGUAUUAUGCAGUUUCUCAAGCAUUGUCUGGAUCCCGUUCUUUGUUUACACAAUAUAUGGUGCUACAAAUGUCUUAAAAAUAUUGUGUUUACACAAGUAUAAUGUUACCUUCUUGUACAAAAUUUCAAAUUUGAGUAAGUACCUUGCAUUAUUAUAUUCAGACCCAUGCUCCACACACUUAGCUUGAGGUUUCUCCACAAUUUUGUAUCAAGCUUAGCCAUUAGGCACCAGCCCAUUGUGUGAAAGCAAACUUCUCUAGGCCUUAGAAUACACAGGUGCUUUACCGGAGGAAGCACAUAUCAGCAAGGGAAUAUGUGUGUGACAGAAGUGUCUUGUCACCCUCUUUAAGCUUCAGCCACACAAACCCACACACACAAAAGAAACAUAUUUUCAACACAUUUUCGAUGUGGCAUAGCAGCAUCUAUUAUCUUAUCCUGUGUCAUGACAGCAGUACAAUGAUGAGUGAUUCCCACAUGCAUUCAACAUGGCAGUGGAAACGUCAUAGUACAUGAUAGCAUGAAUAUUGUGCAAUGCAGAGCAGACACCUCAACACCAGGCCAGGCAAUGCCAUGUCAAAAAUAUGUUGCAAAUAUGCACCCUGUGGUUGCUACUUUGUUUCGCAGUGCACGCCCUUGCACUCUCACCUGCACAGUGCAUCUGGGCUGUCAAAGCAGUGCAUCAUUGCGUUGCCCGUGCAAGCCAUGGCGCAAGCAGUCCCUCUGUGCCAAAGCAUGGGCAUGCGUUGUGAGCCCUUGACUACGGUUGCACUACACAUCUUUAGUUCACAUUGUACUUGCAUUAUUUCAUUUCUUGUUCCUCAAAACCCCUGUUAUAUUUAUGCAGAUGUGGUAAUAUGCUCUUGCUUUUGCAACACUGACAUUGCCUGUGUAUGUGAAUGAAGGCUGGAAUAAUUUGAAUGAGAUGGCUGUCAUUGCCUUUCUGAGCAAGAACUUUUGAACAAGGCUUCAAAUGUCGCAAACUUCUAGAGUGUCUUGCGUGUUAGCACUUGUCUACUCCCAAUGCCUAAAAGAAAAAAAAAGAAAGGAACAACAUCCCAUUUCAGUGCAAGCUUUGUGCACCUAGUGUGCAGCUUAACCUUGCCCGUGGCUUCAAAUAUUCUGUUCCUGUUAUCGAUCUGCUUGCUCAUAGCAUUGCAUGGCUCAACAUUUUUGUACUUCCUUCCCCUACAUCAGCACCGCGUCAGCUUGCUCAUGGUUACCACUUAGGGCACAAAUUCCUGCAACUGCUUUUAGGUGUCAAAGGCUGCAUCUCCUAUGGCAAAAUAUUGCUAACUGCUCCUUCAAUGACUGGCGUUGGCAUAAGGCCUUGUUGUGACGAUGGUGCCUGUCCUGCAUGGACUCUGUAGAUUUCCUAAAGUACCAGAACUGACCAGUCUCUACUAGGCUUUGUAGGCUGUAUUCUAGUCCGAGCAGACUCCCUACAGUGCUCUUGAAAUACCAGAGCAGGCCAGCCUCCACAACUGCAGCUGAGCCAGAGAACAUCGAGCUAGGCUUAGUUGCACCUACAGUACACUGUACUUGUUGGCACGGGCGGUACAUCUUGUCGUGAGCCCCAUUUCCUUGAGACUCAGUUAUAAGGAGAAGUGCUGCUUGCAUCACUGGUGCUUCAUGUCACUGUUUUGAAACAUGCUGUCUUUCAGUUUCACAAAUGUUUAUGCAGACAUUACAUAUGUCAAAUAGUUGUGCAAUCCCCUGAUUCUGGCAAGUGAAGCACCCAAAGUUUCAAGUACACUAAUUUUUCAGUUGCUUCAACAAAGCACAACUUGUGAUCAAGGGGUGCUUAUCUGAUGAAACCUUUCAUUAAGUAGCACCUAUGAUGGGGACAUGAACCCUUGUGCCAUGUCCCGAUUCUUGGAACCUUUGAGGUAUUGCGAGUGAAUAUGCAUAUCCAUUGUUUUGUUGUUGCACGGAACACAGGCCAGCUCUAACUACUCAGCAAAGGGAUCUAGCCCAGGGGCUAUGUGAACAUGCAGCUGUUUUCCUUUCUUUUUCUUCUUUAGUUUGAAUCUUUUGUGUGUGUGCGUGUGUGUGUCUCAUCAUCACACAUUACUGGAAGAAUGGUUCUGUAAACUUGUAUCCCUCUCUAAAUGUCAACAAAUUUAUGGUUACUGCUAAAGUUCAGUAUGCAGAUUAUGAGAUAUUUUCUUGGCUGAUACAUGAUAAAAGAGCCUAACUUUCUGGAACAAUUGACGAAAUUACACACUACUAUCUUAGAACAUGGUUGUCCAACAACUCUCGGUGAGGUUCGGAGGUUGCAAGAAGUCCGCACCCUCCUUUCUUAUAUGGUUGUGCAGUGAACUAUGCACGGUCUAGAAUUGUGUCCAAGACUACCAAGGCAUACUCCUUGGGGGUUUGGGGUUUUAGUUUAUUCUUGUUUCGUUGCCACGUCUACUGGCGUUACACAGUGUUAUUUCAUUACCACAUUGUGUUAUGCUUUUUCUUCGCUGGCCUAUCUGCCACAGCAAAUUUAUUGCAGCAAUGUGAGCACCCCUGCGUGCGUAGCUGUGCAUGUUGCAGAAGUAUUGCAAUGGCAGAGUGUCGAAUCUCACGGUUCUAAGCUGAGUGUAAUGAUCUGUUGACGUGUUGUGACUCGACCUGUCUGUGGGUGUGCAUGUUUGUUUGGUUGUAUUUAGUGGUGUCAUUUCUGGCCCUAGUGAGGUGGUCAUUUCUGAUGUUCUGUUUGUGAUGCGGUGCCUCCAUAGGCUGUUGCAUCGUCCAAUGCUUCCUGAUUUUGCUGUAUUUAUUGUAACUUAUUUGAACAGAAGUCUAGAAAUAAACUGUGUGUAAACUUUUCACUCCA